AUGGCGGAUCGUGAGGACUCGGAUGUUGAGGUGGAGGUGGAUGAGGAGAUGCAGAAGAUGCUGGGGACGACUUCGUUUGGGAAGCAGACUAGAUUGAAUGGUGGUCGGAGGGAUGUCGAGGCUAGUAAGCGGCCUACAGCUAGAAGUACUGCAAAGGUUGGGUUGAGUGGGUAUGAGGACAGCGACGACGGUGAGGAAGGAGAGAAUGGCAAGAAGGACAGCGAUAGAGAAGACGACGAUGACGACGACGACGACGACGACGACGACAGCGAAGAAGAAGACGACCUCCCAGUCUCCCACGAAAUGGUCCUCCGCUCCCACGACCGCGCCAUCACAACCCUCUCCCUUGACCCCUCCGGCGCCCGCCUAGUAACAGGCUCCAACGACUGCACCCUCAAACUCCACGACUUCAGCUCCAUGACACCCACCACCAUCCGCGCCUUCAAAACCGUCGACCCGAGCGCAAGCAGCAAACCGGGCUCCGCGAGCGCCAACACCGAGACCCACCCCGUGCACACAGCCCUCUUCAACCCACUGAGUGCGAACCACAUCCUCGUCACGACCGCAUUACCACAAGCCAAGAUCCUGAGUCGAGAUGGGGAGGUCUUGACGGAGUUUGUGAAGGGCGAUAUGUAUCUCCGGGACAUGAAGAACACGAAAGGACAUAUCUCGGCUCUGACGACGGGGUCAUGGCAUCCGAGUCAGCGGAAUCUAUGCGUAACGGCGGGGACGGACAGUACGUUGCGGAUCUGGGAUAUCGGGCAUUCGCGCAGUCAGAAGGAGGUGAUUGUGCACAAGUCCCGGGCGGAGGGGAGUGCGGGACGGUCGCGAAUGAGCGCCGUGGUAUGGGGAGCUGGCGGGGUCGGGAAUCUACUUGUAGCGGCGGCAUUGGAUGGGAGUCUGACGAUGUGGGCUGGGGAGGGUCCUUAUGCGCGUCCGGCGGCGGAAGUCAGGAACGCGCAUGAGAACAACACAUGGACGAGUGGGCUGGAUAUCAGCGCGGACGGACGGACGGUCGUGAGUCGAGGCGGCGACCACACGAUCAAGACCUGGGAUACGCGGAAAUUCAAACACCCCAUCACCACCACCUCCCACGCCUCCACUUCCUCCCAGUACCCCACCGAAAAUAUCCGGUUCAGUCCCGAUUCAAACCAUAUCCUCACGGGCUCGGAAACAGGCCACCUCCACUUCCUGAACCCGGCCACGCUGAAACCCUCUUUCAUCACCCCCGUGACCCCCGGCUCACCUUUGAUACAAGUCCUCUGGCACGCCAAACUAAACCAAAUCCUCACCGGUUCCGCCAACGGCGAAACCCACGUCCUCUACUCCCCCACCCUCUCCGCCCCCGGCGGCGCCAAAACCGUAAUGUCCCGCGCGCCGAAACGCCGCCAUAUCGACGACGACCCCAACCUAACCACGGACGUCGCAUCGGGAAUCUCCUCCGGCGAGAUCAUCGUCCCUGGCUCCGGCACAGGACCGAGCGUCACCAGCCACGCCUCCCGCCACCCAACCAUCGGCCUCACCGUCAGCGGCAAGAGUCGGGAUCCCCGCCGCCCACAUAUCCCGGCCCAGACGCCCUUUUCCAAAACGAACCCGGAUGAGGAGUUUGUGCGGAAGAACAUCCCUUUGAGUAGUUUAAGGGAUGAGGAUCCCCGGGAGGCGUUGCUGAAGUUUGCGGACAAGGCUAAGAAUGAUCCGGUUUUUACUAAUGCGUGGGCGGCUACGCAGCCGAAGACUGUUUAUGCGGAGUUUAGUGAUGGGGAGGAGGAGGAGGAGGGGGAGGGAGAGGGGGAGCCGGGGAAAAAGAAGGUGAAGAGGUGA